CGUAAGCAGCACGCCGAGUGUGUUACAGGUCACAGGCGUGUUAUUGAUCUGAGUUCAACUCUAUGUGUACAGCUACGACGCUAGUGAAACAGCGCUGCGUCUCCUGUGUAUUUGUAAACGAAGGGACCUUCAAAUUGACGUGUUUACCUGUGCAGAAAACAGCAGCAUAAAGAAAGAAUUCACAAGAUCUGGAGUUGGAUCAGGAGAUGAAGGUAUCGAAGGUCCUCACAGCUGACAUUGUCAAAAGUCUGACAUCUUUAUGGGAGGAGGGCGAACUACAUGACUUCACAGUCAUCAUCGACCAAGUCCUCAUUAAAUGCCAUCGCGUCAUCCUCGGUGCCUGCAGUCAUUUUUUCCGCGGGAUGCUGAGAUCCGGGAUGCAAGAAGCCAGGAGCAGUAGAGUGGACCUGCAAGGGAUAUCCGUCGCCACCUUCCAGCUGGUGCUUCACGUCUUAUACACUGGCGAAGACGUCCUGAAUCCCGAGAACGUCCUAGAAGUCUGGAACGCUGCUAAUCAGCUCCAGAUUGAUUUUCUCGUCUCAUUCUGCGAGAACUUCGCCAUAAAGAUCUUGUCUAUAGAAAACGUUGACGAUAUAUUUAGAGCUGCCAAACUUUUAAACUCUACUCAGGUGGUUAGCGCUGUGACUGAAUUUAUAAUUAAAAACUUUAACGCUGUUCGGGAAAUGCCGUUGUUCCUAGAGCUAACUUGUGAGGAAUUGACCAGUGUGUUAAGUAGUCAGGAGCUUGAUGUCGGUAAUGAAGAUUCAGUUCUAGAGUCAGUAUUAAAUUGGGCUGAAUGUGUACCUGUUAAAGCAGAAUCCAGUCUUGAUGUUCAUGAGCUAAAUACUUCUGUUGUUUCACACAAAGGUGUAUGUUUUACUUCACCGCAGGAAUAUUCAGUAUUAAAUGAAAGCUGUGUAGAUCAAAAUACUCCAGACAGCAAACAGAAACAGCUGUUAAAUAUUAUAGAGAGUACAGCCAUUAAUGAUACCAACACUUGUAAUGCUUCAACAUCUGCACAGAAUCCCCGAAGAAGCGAUCUGACAACUGUUUUAAAGUCGAUCAGAACGUGUUUGGUUUGCCCAGCACUUCUACACAAGCUAUACAAACAUGAGAUAUUAGCUGGUAAUUCUGAAGCUCAAGAAAUCAUCCUCAACGCUAUCUUAUACCAGCUGCACGGCUACCGGCACGGACAGUGGCCGGCUGCAGCCGUUCACAGAACACGCAGUGAUUAUAACAACUACGGAGUUAUCUGCCACGGGCAUGGAAUCUUCAAGGCAUUAUCUGCCCAGGAUGAGAUGUGGCAUGAGCUUCAGCCGUGUGCGCAUUUGAAGGUUGACAUUGUUCUAGUGGAGUUUGACAAGGAGCUCUACGCUACGGGUAGACGUAUGAGUACUGAUGUAAACAGCAGGAUGUUUGUUUUUAGAGGGAAUAGGUGGAUGCUGUUAAUGGAACUAGACGAGGUGCCUGUAUUUUUAGUUGCCAUAGAAACAAAUAUCUGCAUUAUAUACAAUAAUAACCAGAGUUUAUUUUUGUUAAGUCCUUCAAAUUAUAAACUAGAACUUUUAACACUUCUUCCUGUCGGUGCUAAAAUAGAGCAAGCGUCUUCUUUUAAGAGACAUCUUGUGGUCUUCUGCCACGAAUCUCAGCAUGGUGUAGACGAGACAGCUGUCUACGUUCUGGACAUCCAGUCCAAAACAUGGACACGAGUAGACAACCUUGAAGGUCCUGCCAAAAGUCUGAUCACAUUCCAAGACGACAGCCGCUGUUACGUGUUACAGUCUAACGGAAGUCUGUGGACAAUGUCUGGAUCCUCUCAUGUUUGUGUCGUGUUGACAUAUGUCAGCAACUUGUGGGAUUUCCCGAAGGUGUUGCACGGUGCGAUAACGUAUAACGGAACUCUAAUAAUAUUCGGGAAUUACCCAAAAAAUGACCCAGAAGGCAGCAUUACCAAAAAGAGUCUAGAAGGAUAUUUUGAUAAAAUAUCGCAUUGGGGUAGGGAGCAUUACAAUUCGAACUUUUUACCUCUAAUUUUACCAAAAUGUUCUCUACAGAGCACAGCUGGCAAUGAGGAUAUCAACAAUGUGUGUAAUGGAUAUUUUAAAUGUCUUAACAAAUUAUGGAUCAAUGAAGAUCUUUGUGACUUUACAGUUCAAAUUGACGAUGUUUCAAUAAAAUGUCAUCGCGUCAUUCUUGGAGCAUGUUCGCCAUUUUUUCUUGGACUGCUGAGAUCUGGAAUGAAAGAAGCCAACGACGGACGUGUAGUUCUACAAGAUAUAUCAGUCUCCACCUUUCAGUUAAUCCUGAAAACUUUGUACACCGGUGAAGACGUGUUGAGUCUUGACAACUUCAUAGAAAUCUGGCACGCUGUAGAUAUGCUGCAGAUUGACUUUAUGGUAAAACUUUGUGAAAAGUUUGCUUUGGACAAUCUUAGAAUGGAAACGUUUGAAGAUAUUUACCCGAGUGCAAUGUUUUUGAAUUCUAAAGCUGUGCUUAAAAGAAUAAAAAAAUUCAUUUUAUAUAAUUUUGAGGAAGUUAUAAAAACAAGAACAUAUUUAGAAUUAUCUUAUAAUGUACUUUUAAAAAUAAUUAAAAGCAAUAGUCUUAAAGUUACUAAUGAAUAUGAGGUGGCUAAAAGUGUUUUAAAAUGGGUUGAAUAUAAAUCAGAAUCCUGUAAUGAUACAGUCAACCCUAUUGUUAAAAACUGUUCAGUUAAAGAAUCAGAAUAUUCAAAUAUAAUAUUUCAGAAGAAUAUUGGACUCAAAAGUCAAAAGUGGAGAGAGAAAAGAUUACAGAAUUCUCUAGUCGCACAAGAAUCGACCCCUGAAUUAUUUAAUCAGGGCGUUGGACCAGCCAAUAACUUUUCUUGUAUUUCAAACUCAGUAAAAUCAAAACGUAAGCCAUUUUCUACAAGCUCUAAUGAAAGAUCUCAAAAGUUAGCUGAUCUCCUAAAAUGUGUUAGAUUGAGUCUCAUGAGCCCCUCGCUUCUCGCUUACAUCUUGAACCAUCACCUUGUAGUAAACAAUGACGAGGCUAGAAAGAUCAUUCAAGAAGCUAUUUUAAACCAGACGGCAAUUUCCCGGCAUGGCCAAUGGUCAUCUUCAGGUAUACACAGACGGUAUGAUAAAUCUGGUAACUAUGGGGUAUAUGCCUAUGGGGAGGGGAAAUAUAGAGUUAUCGACUUACUUGACGAUCAGUGGUAUACUAUUAAAAGUUGUUCACACAUCAAGCGAAAAAUUCAACUUGUUGUUUUCGAUAAUGAACUACACAGCACAGGUGUGAGGAAAGUAGAUCAGUUAAAUUGUAAAAUGUUUGUUUACUGUGGAGGCUUGUGGAAAGAGAUAGUGGAAAUGCCGGGGAAUGAAUUAAUUUUAGUUAGCAACGACAGCUACAUCUAUGUAACAAACAUCGACCAGAGCGUUAUCUAUAGAAUGAACCCAAGAAGCAGAAUGCCGGUUGUAGUUCGCUAUUCUCAAAUUCCAGGCGAACUAUUUGUAACUCAUGUUAUGAGCUAUCAAAUUUAUCUUCUAUUCUUCUGUACUGAAACAGUUAAUGGAGUCGAGGAAACGGCUGUCCAUAUGUUAGACCUUCAUGCCAAGAGCUGGACAAGACUGGACAACCUCAAUGGACCAGCUAAAAACAUCAUCAGUUUUCGUAACGACGACAACCACUUUGUGCUACAAACAAACGGCAACUUGUGGACUUUACAUGAGACACUACAAGGACAGAUCGCGUUUAAUUACGUUGCCAAUCUGUGGAAUUUUCAAAUGGUUCUUUAUGGAGCUGUUGUGUAUGGCAAACAUUUGAUUAUAUUUAGUCAAAGCUCGAAGAAUGAAAAGGAAGAUGAAGCAGUGUAUUCAUUGGAGGAUAAUUUUAGCUCAAUAAUUUACUGGGAAAGUUGUGAAGCUUGCUCAAACUUCAUACCCGCUGUUUUGCCUAAAACUUGCCUGUAUUAG